AUGGAGCCACUUACUAAUCCCGACCGGGAUCGGUACUCUAAGGCGCUGGGAUUAAAAUUCAAAGGAUCAAAUAUAUCCGGCAAGAUAUGGGUAUUUGCCGAGGAGGGAGCCAACUUCAUCAUUGAGGAGGAUUUGGAUCGAGUCCUACAUGGAAGGCUAACUUCGCACCGCAUGGCGAACUAUAUUUCCAUCUCGGUGGUAUAUGCUAAAUGCAAUAGAUUGGAGCGACAUCCCCUGUGGGAUAAAAUGAGGGAGAUAUCAACUCGGAUGGAAGGAACACCGUGGCUGAUUGGAGGGGACUUUAAUACGAUCCUUGCACACGAAGACAGGGUUGGUAGUGAAACCAAUCGGCAAGCAGAGAUGAUUGAUUUUGCCGAAGCCAUUGAAGACUGUAGGCUUCUGGACCCGGGGUUUGAUGGUGCGGAAUUCACUUGGGCUAAAAAUGGCCUGUUUGAAAGGUUGGACAAGUUGCUUGUCAAUGAAGCAUGGACAAAUGCGUUUGAGGCAAAGAGGAUGACUAAUCUCCCAAGGGUAUCCUCGGAUCAUGGUCCGAUACUUGCGAGGUGUACGAUGCCUAGGCCGCCCUCGAGGGGUAGUGCCUUCCGGUUCCAAAAUAUGUGGGUCCAGCACGACGGCUUUUUGCAGCUAGUUCAAGAUAUUAGGGCUCAACCGACAGGGGCGAGUGGGCUCUUAAAUCUCCAAACUAAGCUUGCUAGGAGCAAAAACCCUUAA